CAUAUUGUUGCAUCAGCAGCAUUGGAUUCCCUGAAAUAUCCGGGAAACGUGUCUGCUGGUCUCCUGAAUAGAGAAAGACUCUACAGAUCUGUAAAUUGUUGGAUCGUGUUACUUGCUCGUGAUAUUUUAGUAUAAUUAUGGCGGAUGCGAGCAUGACCGAACAAAUGAAGGAUCUGAAAAUGGACGAGAAGAAGAAUGGCAAAGAUGGAGGAAAGAAGAAAAACAAGACUGCUGGUGGAGAUGCAGGUGGCAGGGCUGAGUUGAAACCUCUACCACAGUACAUCGAGGAACGUCUGUCCGUUUAUAACAAGCUGAAGGCAGAACAUGAUGCACUGCUGGCUGAGAAAGCAGCAAAAGACAGCAAGCCCAUCAAGAUCACACUACCCGAUGGAACCGUAGUCGAUGGGGAGUCCUGGAAGACCACACCGUACCAGGUCGCCUGUGGCAUCAGCCAAGGCCUUGCCGAUAAUACUGUGAUCUCUAAAGUGAACAAUGAGGUUUGGGAUCUGGACAGGCCCUUAGAGAAAGACUGCAGUCUAGUCCUUCUCAAAUUCGAUGACGAAGAGGCACAAGCAGUUUAUUGGCACUCCAGUGCCCACAUAAUGGGAGAGGCCAUGGAGCGAGUUUAUGGAGGAUGCCUUUGUUAUGGGCCACCCAUUGAGAAUGGAUUUUACUAUGAUAUGUUUCUUGAAAAUGAAGGUGUGUCGAGUAAUGAUUUCCCAUGUUUGGAGAACUUGUGUAAGAAGAUCAUCAAAGAGAAGCAACCCUUUGAGAGGCUGGAGGUAAAGAAGGAGACUCUGUUGGAGAUGUUCAAGUACAACAAGUUCAAGUGCAGGAUCCUAAAUGAAAAGGUUACCACCCCAACAACUACAGUUUACAGGUGUGGACCUCUUAUCGAUCUGUGCAGAGGGCCUCAUGUAAGACAUACAGGAAAGAUCAAGGCCUUGAAGAUCCACAAGAAUUCUUCUACGUACUGGGAGGGCAAAGCUGACAUGGAGAGCCUCCAAAGGAUCUACGGCAUCUCUUUCCCUGAUCCCAAGAUGCUGAAAGAAUGGGAGAAAUUCCAGGAAGAAGCCAAAAACAGGGAUCAUCGCAAACUAGGAAGGGAACAAGACUUGUUUUUCUUCCACGACCUGAGCCCCGGUAGCUGUUUCUUUCUGCCUAAAGGAGCCUACAUCUAUAAUACGCUGAUCGAGUUUAUUAGGAGUGAAUACAGAAAGAGGGGAUUCCAGGAAGUGGUCACACCGAACAUUUACAACAGCAAACUAUGGCAAACCUCAGGACACUGGCAGCACUACAGUGAAAACAUGUUCUCCUUUGAGGUGGAGAAGGAGAUCUUUGCUCUUAAGCCCAUGAACUGCCCUGGACACUGUCUGAUGUUUGACCACCGGCCGCGCUCUUGGAGGGAACUGCCCCUGCGUCUGGCUGACUUUGGGGUUUUGCACCGUAACGAGUUGUCUGGAGCUCUUACUGGUCUGACCAGAGUCAGACGUUUCCAACAAGAUGAUGCACACAUCUUCUGCUCUAUGGACCAGAUUGAGUCCGAGAUAAAGGGUUGCCUGAACUUCCUGCGUACAGUGUAUGAUGUGUUUGGCUUCACCUUCAAAUUGAACCUUUCCACGAGGCCAGAGAAGUUCCUAGGAGAACCUGAAGUGUGGGACCAGGCUGAGAAGCAACUGGAGAACAGCUUGAAUGAUUUCGGAGAGAAAUGGGUUCUGAAUCCUGGUGAUGGAGCUUUCUACGGACCAAAGAUUGAUAUUCAGAUAAAGGAUGCCAUCGGCAGGUAUCACCAAUGUGCCACCAUUCAGCUGGACUUCCAGUUGCCUAUUCGCUUCAAUCUCACAUUUGUCAGCCAUGAUGGUGAUGACAAGAAGAGGCCCGUGAUCAUCCAUAGAGCCAUCCUGGGCUCAGUGGAACGAAUGAUUGCCAUCCUGACUGAAAACUAUGGGGGAAAGUGGCCACUGUGGCUGUCCCCAAGUCAGGUGAUGGUGGUUCCUGUUGGACCCACUUGUGAUGAAUAUGCCCAGAGAGUACAACAGGAGUUCCACAGGGGAGGGCUGAUGACUGACGUGGAUCUGGACCCUGGUUGUACCCUGAACAAGAAGAUCAGGAAUGCACAGUUAGCUCAGUACAAUUUCAUUUUAGUGGUUGGUGAGAAGGAGAAAAGCAGUGACACGGUGAACGUUAGGACUCGUGACAACAAGGUGCACGGAGAGAGGAGUCUGACGGACUGCAUGGAGCGACUCAAGGAGCUGAAGGCCUCAAGAUCCCGGAACGCAGAGGAGGAAUUCUGAACUCCCUAAACCUCCUGCCAACUCUUCCUUUAUAUGCCAUAUGCUCAAAUACCGCUGGGCAGCAGCGUGCUGCUAUUCUGCAUAGAUGAUCCAGAACUUCUCAGCUGGAUCUGUCUGGUUGAGGGGCUCCGGUUUUAAAUCAGUGACAAUAUUUUAGAACUAAUCAUUCAAUUGUCUGAAAGUCUCUAGACCUUAUAAAUUGACAAAACUUUGGUUUAAAAAAUAAAUACUUUGUAAAAAAUCCUAGGGUUGUUCAUUUUGUCAGUCAUUAUUCUAUGUUAUAGGAAAGGGACUUUUCUGUCAAUAUAUGUGUAUUGGUAAAUGACAAUAAUGUCUGGUAACUUGUCUGAUUUUAGAUGAAAUAAAACGGUAUAUCUUCCACUC